AUGUCGUCGGGGGUCAGAGGUUAUCGAGGCAGCAGAAAGGGAGGCAGUCGCAGCGGCGUCGAAUACGGCAAGAAAUCCCGACGGGGAUCGUGUCGGAGAUCCAGAAGCGAUUCACCGUGGGGCGAUGAUGGAUACGGCGAACCUAUCCCGUUCUCAGAGGCUCCUGGUCGCGGAUGCCGCGAGACUAGCGAGGGAAGGGAUGUCGAUUCUGAAGCCGAACUAUUCCCGACUAUUUUCUACCCUGACGGGAUUUUCGAAGAGCUUCCUCAACUUCAUACCGACUUAUUGCUUUCCGCCUUCUUAGCCGGUCAGGACUGGGAAGGCGUAGAGAAGACAAAGUCGACUUCGAGAAGUGUGAAAAGGGUUCUUCGGGCAGCUGGCGCCGUGGGCGUGACCUUCCUUGUGCCUACGGAGACGCAGAGGCCUUGGUCUCCUCCGAUUGGGUACCAGACAGUGUAUGAAUCCUACUUUCAGGGAGACACUCGCUGCUGGUUCCCCAUCCCGCGACUGAUUACUGCAUACGCCAGGCGCCGAGAUCUCGCGAUUAGUCAACUGCUGAAUGGCUCGCUGCGACUAGCGGUUACUUUGUCGGUUUUGGCGGAGCAGAUCGAUAUGCCGAUGAGCGUCAGAUCGUUCGAGGAGAUGACUUCAAUAACCGAUAUGAAGGAUGGCACCUACUCGGUGAAGAUGCGACCGAACUGCAAUGUAUGCGCCGGUCAUCCGAAUAAGACGCAGAACUGGCAACGUUCCUACUUCUUCCUCAAGUCCGACAGUUCGGCCUUCGAGGAACCUCCACGAAAUGAUUAUCGAGUUCUUUGGAACCGUUCUUGCGUCGGCCAUCCUACUUCUCCCGUUUAUCCCGAAGAUUUCUUGAGGAGUGUUCGUGCCGUCGCUCUGCUUCGAGUCUAUCGCUGGUCCGAGAUCACCGUCAAGAAGAUCCACGAGCUCAAAGAUCGAAUCGCUCGAAGAGAGUGGAGAUCCGACCUUCCGACCGUUCUUUCUAUUCGCGCUAAGCGACUAGACAUCUUCCCGAGAGACAUUCAGAAACAAAUUUCCGAAGCGAAGAAGAUGGGCACUCUUCCUGAUCUGAGCGCAAUGAUAGCGGCCCAGCUGGGGCUGGUCAGCGGGGAAGGUCCUUCGACGGCGGUUCCUCGUGCUGGCGAGGUUCCCCCUUCCGAAGCCAGAGGCGCGGGGAAGGGCAAAAAAGAAAGAGAGAAGAAGAAGAAGAAGAAGAGGACAAAGAAGAAGUCCGUUAGCGAGGAGUCGGGGAAUCUCGAGGGACCGACCGAAACUGAGGGGGGAGAUGUCAAAGAAGAAGGACUUCAUCCCGAGGAGGAGGCUCUCGCAGCUGGGGCCCUUGGAGAAGAAGACGACGAGGAGGAGGCCGUCGACGGGCAGGAGCCCGAGGCUUCUCUCGGAGAUGCGGGCUCAGAUAACCUUGAAGAGGAAUCUGAGGGGUCGCCUCUUCUGAUAAGAAGGCGUGACGACGAGGCAGAUGGCGAGGGGCAAUUUCCUGCUCCGAUAUCUCCUUAUGUAGAGGUUCCGGCCCGUCCCAAUAUCGGGGCCGUCCAGACUGGUACCUCUUCUCGUGGUGAUGCCAUCUUGAGGAGGGUGCCCGGAGUUAGCUUUCCUGACAAAGUCGACUUCCACUACGAGGGGCCGGCUCCAUUGGCGUACGUUCCAGAGAAAUGCGGGGAGCUCCUUCGUCAGUUUAGGGGAAGGGCGAAACCUUUGCCCGCCGUGAAGGACCUUAUCUUCGGGGGAGAGUACGAGGAAGCCGCGAGGGCCAAAUUGCUGGGGGACAGCGCGAUGAAUGUCUUGAUUGACAAGUACGACACUGCGCUGAAGGAAGCUUUGGGUGAACUAGAGCUGGCUAAGAAGGAGUUUGCUGAGAAGGAGGAGGUCCUUGCUCGCCAGUUAAGCGAGAAAAGGAGCAAUCUCGAGAAGCUCAAUGGUAUGAUGACUCGCACCAUAACUCGGAGAGACGAGCUGAAGGCUGAAUUGGAGGCGUCCCGAGGUAUCGUCCGUGAGCUUGAACAGAAGAAUGCUGAUCUUGAGAGCGAGAAGGUCUCACUUACUGCGGCUCAUGAAAGGGAGAUGAAACGCCUUAGAGACUCCAGGGUCCUAGAGGUCACUAAGGAAAGGGCAAGAGUCGAGACCAAGAUGGCCGCGAAGGCUAACCGUCGUUUCGCGAGGAUUCGUUCCCGAGAAGAGCGACGAGGCCUCUAUGAUGAAGCUCGGUUACUCCAUAGCCAAGCUUUUGGAACCAGGAAAUGUCUCGAAGCCUUGAGGAGGGCUGGGAGCGACAUCUCGCAAGCUACCAUUGAGAUUUUCGCGGAGCAAGAGAGGAAAUACGAGCAAGAGGCCGAGAAGCUCAAAGUGGGCGAGAUUCCCGCGGGAGAUCUCGCACUCUCUCCUCUCGUGCUGGACUCUCAGUUCGUGGAUGCUCGAAUCUUGGCGAGUCUCGACCCGUAUGGGUCCAACGCUGGCUUGAUCGAUCCCGAGACCGCGCUGACUCUUCACACUCCGCUCACUCAUUCGACGAAAGUGCAGCAUGCAGUCCCGACGCCCCUCGUUGAGGGUCCUUCGACUGCAUUCGAGGGAGAGACGCCUAACCGAGGGAACCUUGCUGCUGAAGAUAACGCCCCCCUGCUCGUACUUUCGGACACUUCGGCUGAAGGGUCCCGUCGAGGCAAUGAAGAAGAGAAUGUGGGGGUGUUUGAAGAGAUCCCGAGAUCAGAUGAAAUGCACGUCUCUCCGGCUGCUCGUGAGUCGAGUGUUAGGGCUUCGGAGCUUUCUGCCCUCAACGAUCGUGAGAGCGACCGAGAGGAUUAG